AUGCGACCCUUAGCUGGAUGCGACUCGUUCCUGGGGAAUCUCUCCUCAGGUGAUGGGGCCAACGAAAACGUCGCUUCGGCUUCGCAGAGUACCGCCUCACACAUGUCCUUUAUCCUCGCUGGCGAAGCUACCAUGGAAGCCUCCUUGCCAUCGCAUCCUUUUUCUGCUCCUCGGGCGCGCGAACAGCGGAAACAAGCUACCUCCGCGACCCCCAGCGACGGAUCAACGCAGAGACGUGAAUCUGGCACAGCUCCACCACCCACUUCGCGUUAUACAUCAUCUUUGCAACCCCAUGAUGCCGUAUCUCAUCGGCCAAAUUGUACCAGCAAUCCCUCGUCGGCGGGGAUACCGACACCUCCUCCGCCGUCUCUGUCUCAACCUAUGACUCCCAUACUCUAUGGCGUAUCAGGACCAUGCUCUGCUAUCAGCAGUUCGUCAUCGCGGCCCAACUCGCUAGCUGGAUCGCUUUCGGAAUACCAGGAAAGCUUUGUCAUGAGUGCCUUCGGAACCUCGGACGCUGGUCGCCCCCAAAGUAUAUACAGUGGCGAGGUUGCUCAGCAGUUCAUUAUGCCCACCAUCAACGUCCCUAGUCGGAGACCCUUCACGGAAGCUGGAAAGGGCCUUGGUAGGCUGAAGCUACUCGUAGCUGGUAAAUCAGGCGUAGGAAAGACCGCUUUGAUCCGAACUAUAACACAAUCUUGCUCGCACAUCGUACACGUCGACCCUACCGUGCCAGUGGCAAUGGCGUCCAAAGGUUUCCUGCCAGCAAAUACGAUGCCGAAUAGUCCUCCGAUAUCUCAGGGCACUUUCCAAAUCACAGAGACUUUAGCCAGCACCAAACCGUACCCCUCCUGGUGGAAGGAUUCGGCCUUUUCAUCCCCUACGCCUGGUCCGAUUCAACUAGAGGACACAAUUCUAGACAGAAACAUCUGUCUGGUUGAUACGCCUGGAUAUCAGGAAACAUGUCGCCCAACGGAUACUAUGGGCCAAGUCUCACAAUACGUUGAAUCAUACCUUCAAAAGAGCCGUCUCGACGGUCUAGAAGACCCCGAUGUUCUAAAAACAAUCAGUGGAAGCGGCGGCUUGCUUGUUGAUGCGGUGCUCUACAUGAUUCCCAGUUCAGGUCUGUCUGCGACUGAUAUACAUUAUCUCCGUCAACUGGAGGCACUGACCAAUAUUAUUCCACUCAUUGCGCAUGCCGACACUUUGACAUUGGAGCAGACAGCAGCGGCUAAGAAGCACAUUGCCCAACAACUUGCUGAGGCUGGCCUCGGGCUGUUUUCUUUCGAUCCCUUGACGGAUGGCGUAGGAGAACAACAUAUAUAUGCUGCUUCUAGCGAGUUAGGAUCGGAUUCAGAGGUCAUGGACGCCAGUCUGCUCAUGAGCUCCGAGUAUGUGCAACCUUUUGUGCCCUCCGACCUCUCGCAGUUAGUGGAAAACAUAUUCUGCGUGAAUGGCGCAACUUGGCUUCGCCAUGCUGCCGCAGCAAAGCUUCUGGGUUGGCGCACUCGUCACCCUGGGCCUAGUAACGUCUCCGGCUUCACCUCAAAGUCAGAAGGCUCGACGGAUAUGUGGUUGAUGCGUCCUAGGGCCGGAUCACUGACUCCUCUUGCCAUGAGUCGCGCUCCAAACUAUGCUGCUUGUAAUGAACGACUCUGCCGAGUGCAGCUCACGAACUGGGCGGCAGAUUUACAACGCAGCCUGGCCAACGAAAAACGGAUGCAAGAGCUCAGGGCAUGGGAGCAGGCGGCUAUGUUGUCGAGGGAAACUUGGAGAGAUGGCCGCUCAGCAUCAGGCGGCGAAGAUAUGGCGUUGACGAGAACAAGAGGACGGGGAGAAUGUCGGCAGUCUCUCCGUAAGAGGAGACACAGUACAGGGUCUGGCCUAGAUUGGGGGCUUGUAAGACAUCAGGAUCCUUUGGGCUUGCUUCAGCUUAAUGCCGACUUUAGGUGGCAGGGUUGGAAGACGCUGGAGAUGGUCGGUGGUAUUGGGAUCCUGGGCGGUUUGGCAUGGUUGCUUGUUUAG